CGCCCCGCUCUGGAGGUGCGCGAUCACGUGAGCGAGUCGUCCGGGGGCGGGGCUGGGACUCGCGCGCGAAGAUGGCGACCGCCGCCGGUGGGCCGUGUGUGAGGAGCAGCAGAGAACUCUGGACAAUACUCCUGGGGAGGUCAGCUCUUAGAGAACUGAAUCAGAUUGAGGCAGAACUGAAUAAAUAUUGGCAGCGGUUGUUAGAAGGGCUUUCUUACUACAAACCUCCCAGUCAGAGUUCAGCUGAAAGAGUGAAAGCUAAUAAAGAUGUAGCAUCACCGCUGAAGGAGCUGGGCUUACGAAUCAGCAAAUUCUUGGGUCUUGAUGAAGAGCAGAGUGUGCAGUUACUGCAGUGUUACCUUCAGGAGGAUUACAGGGGUACUCGGGACUCACUGAAGACAGUCCUGCAAGAUGAGAGGCAGAGCCAGGCCUUAACCCUGAAGAUUGCAGAUUAUUAUUAUGAAGAAAGAACCUGCAUUCUUCGUUGUGUCUUACAUCUUCUGACAUAUUUCCAAGAUGAACGACAUCCCUACAGGGCUGAAUAUGCAGAUUGUGUUGACAAACUGGAGAAGGAGCUAGUUUUAAAAUACAGACAGCAAUUUGAGGAGCUGUACAGAAUGGAAGCACCGACCUGGGAGACACAUGGCAACCUAAUGACUGAACGCCAGGUGUCUAGAUGGUUUCUCCAGUGCCUCCGGGAACAGUCCAUGCUGCUAGAAAUUAUUUUCCUCUAUUAUGCAUACUUCGAGAUGGCACCUAGUGACCUGCUGGUACUAACCAAGAUGUUCAAGGAACAAGGGUUUGGUAGUAGACAGACCAAUAGACACCUGGUAGAUGAAACCAUGGACCCUUUUGUAGAUCGAAUUGGGUACUUCAGUGCCCUCGUCCUGGUGGAAGGCAUGGAUAUUGAGUCCUUGCACAAGUGUGCCCUGGAUGACAGGAGAGAGCUGCACCAGUUUGCUCAAGAUGGGCUUAUUUGUCAGGAUAUGGACCGUGUGAUGUUGACCUUGGGUGACAUUCCACAUCAUGCCCCUGUGCUUUUGGCCUGGGCUCUCCUCCGUCAUACACUGAACCCAGAAGAGACUAGCAGUGUGGUCCGGAAGAUAGGCGGCACAGCCAUCCAGCUGAACGUGUUUCAGUACUUGACUCGACUGCUUCGGUCUCUUGCUAGUGGGGGAAAUGAUUGUACCACGAGCACCGCCUGCAUGUGUGUCUAUGGCCUCCUCUCCUUUGCUCUGACCUCACUGGAGCUACACACACUGGGCAAUCAGCAGGAUGUAAUUGACACAGCAUGUGAAGUCCUGGCAGACCCUUCUCUUCCAGAGCUGUUCUGGGGGACAGAACCAACUUCUGGUCUUGGGAUCAUUCUGGACAGUGUGUGUGGGAUGUUUCCUCAUCUCCUUUCUCCACUUUUGCAAUUGCUCCGAGCCCUUGUGUCAGGGAAGUCCACUGCCAAAAAGGUGUAUAGUUUCCUGGAUAAAAUGUCAUUUUACAAUGAACUUCAUAAGCACAAGCCUCAUGAUGUGCUCUCUCAUGAAGAUGGAACUCUUUGGCGAAGACAAACCCCCAAACUCCUUUACCCUCUAGGGGGUCAGACCAACCUUCGAAUUCCUCAGGGCACUGUGGGCCAAGUCAUGCUGGAUGAUAGGGCUUAUCUUGUACGCUGGGAGUACUCCUACAGCAGCUGGACUCUCUUCACCUGUGAGAUUGAAAUGCUACUUCACGUUGUCUCCACAGCAGAUGUCAUCCAGCAUUGCCAGCGGGUCAAACCCAUCAUUGAUUUGGUACACAAGGUCAUUAGCACAGACUUGUCCAUAGCAGAUUGUCUGUUGCCUAUCACAUCCCGCAUCUACAUGCUUCUGCAACGGUUGACAACAGUCAUCUCUCCUCCUGUAAAUGUCAUUGCUUCUUGUGUCAAUUGCUUAACUGUCUUGGCUGCUCGGAAUCCAGCAAAGGUCUGGACUGAUCUUCGUCACACAGGUUUUUUGCCAUUUGUGGCCCACCCUGUCUCCAACAUGACUCAGAUGAUUAGUGCGGAGGGAAUGAAUGCUGGAGGGUAUGGCAGCCUUCUGAUGAAUAGUGAGCAGCCCCAGGGCGAGUAUGGGGUCACAGUUGCCUUUCUGCGCUUGGUCACUACUCUUGUCAAGGGACAGCUUGGUAGUACCCAGAGCCAAGGCCUGGUGCCUUGUGUGAUGUUCGUGUUGAAGGAGAUGCUUCCCAGCUACCACAAAUGGCGCUACAACUCUCAUGGUGUACGGGAACUGAUUGGUUGCCUAAUUCUGGAGCUCAUUCAUGCAAUACUGAACCUGUGCCAAGAGACAGACCUGCAGAGCAGCCACACGCCCAGCCUGCCUUCCCUCUGCAUCUGCAGCCUUGCUUAUACAGAAGCUGGACAGACAGUCAUCAGUAUCAUGGGAAUUGGUGUGGACACCAUAGAUAUGGUGAUGGCUGCUCAGCCUCGAAGUGAUGGGCCAGAAGGUCAGGGCCAGGGCCAACUGCUGAUCAAGACAGUAAAGCUGGCAUUCUCUGUCACCAACAAUGUUAUUCGGCUGAAACCUCCUUCUAAUGUGGUGUCCCCCUUGGAACAGGCUCUUACACAGCAUGGUGCUCAUGGGAACAACCUCAUUGCUGUCCUAGCCAAGUACAUCUACCACAGACAUGACCCAGCUUUGCCGCGUCUGGCCAUCCAGCUUCUGAAACGUUUGGCCACGGUGGCACCAAUGUCAGUGUAUGCUUGCCUGGGCAGUGAUGCCGCUGCUAUUCGUGAUGCCUUCCUGACCCGCCUCCAGAGCAAGAUUGAGGACAUGCGCAUCAAAGUCAUGAUUCUGGAAUUCCUUACAGUUGCUGUAGAGACACAGCCAGGUCUCAUAGAGCUGUUUUUGAAUCUGGAGGUGAAGGAUGGCAGCAACGGCUCUAAGGAAUUCAGCCUUGGUGUGUGGAGCUGCCUCCAUGUGGUGCUGGAGCUGAUUGAUUCCCAGCAGCAAGAUCGAUACUGGUGCCCACCCCUGUUGCAUCGUGCAGCCAUUGCCUUCCUUCAUGCCCUGUGGCAAGACCGUAGAGAUAGUGCUAUGCUUGUCCUCAGAACCAAACCCAAAUUUUGGGAGAAUUUAACCAGUCCACUGUUUGGAAGUCUUUCUCCUCCCUCAGAGACAUCUGAGCCCAGCAUCCUGGAAACCUGUGCCCUAAUCAUGAAGAUAAUAUGUUUGGAGAUAUACUAUGUAGUUAAGGGUUCAUUAGACCAGUCAUUAAAAGAUAUACUCAAGAAGUUUUCUAGCGAGAAACGCUUUGCCUACUGGUCAGGGUACGUCAAGUCUUUGGCAGUUUACAUGGCUGAAACAGAGGGCAGCAGCUGCACGUCCUUGCUGGAGUAUCAAAUGCUGGUCUCGGCCUGGAGGAUGCUGCUCAUCAUUGCCACCAGCCACGCAGACAUCAUGCACUUGACUGACAUGGCAGUGCGUCGCCAGCUCUUUCUUGAUGUGCUUGAUGGGACCAAAGCAUUACUCCUUGUUGCAACAUCAGUGAACUGCCUCCGACUGGGCUCCAUGAUGUGCACUCUGCUGCUCAUCCUCCUGCGGCAAUGGAAGAGAGAGUUGGGUGCUGUGGAUAAAAUCCUUGGGUCCUUGACAGAGGUCCUGGAAGGGGUGCUCCAGGCAGACCAGCAGCUCAUGGAAAAGACCAAGGCCAAGGUGUUCUCUGCAUUCAUUACAGUAUUACAGAUGAAGGAAAUGCGAGUAAGUGAUAUCCCCCAGUACUCCCAGCUGGUGCUCAAUGUCUGCGAGACCCUCCAAGAAGAGGUGAUUACACUCUUUGAUCAGACCCGCCACAGCCUGGCAUCAGGCGGUGUUGCAGAGGACAAGGACAGCAUGGAAACGGAUGACUGCCCUCGGCCCCGGCACAAGGACCAGCGUGAUGGGCAGGUAUGUGUCCUGGGACUGCACCUGGCUAAGGAGCUUUGCGAGGUAGAUGAGGAUGGGGACUCAUGGCUGCAAGUGACCCGAAGGCUCCCCAUUCUGCCCACCCUCCUCACCACCAUGGAGGUGAGCCUCCGCAUGAAGCAGAACCUGCAUUUUACUGAGGCUGCGUUGCACCUGCUUCUCACCCUGGCUCGCACCCAGCAGGGAGCCACAGCAGUGGCUGGAGCUGGCAUCACCCAGAGCAUCUGUUUGCCCCUCUUGAGUGUAUACCAGCUCAGCAGCAAUGGCACAGGACAGCAACUGAGCCACAAAGAGGCUCUGCUGCUCAGAGUGGGUUCCUGUGCCAUCCAUCCUGAGCCUGUCUGCCAUUUGUCACAGACACCCAGUACCUCUCGAAAAUCCCUGGAUGCCCCGUCCUGGCCAGGGGUCUACCGCCUGUCCAUGUCCUUGAUGGAGCGGUUGCUUAAGACUCUACGCUACAAUUUCCUGACUGAGGCCCUAGACUUUGUGGGCGUCCAUCAGGAGCGGACCUUGCAGUGCCUGAAUGCAGUGAGGACAGUACAGAGUCUAGCCUGCCUGGAGGAGGCAGACCACACUGUGGGCUUCAUCCUACAACUCUCCCACUUCAGGAAAGAGUGGCACUUCCAUCUGCCUCAACUCAUGCGUGAUGUUCAGGUGAACCUAGGUUACUUGUGCCAGGCCUGUACCUCCCUCCUACACAGUCGAAAGAUGCUGCAGCACUACCUACAGAACAAAAAUGGGGAUGGCCUUCCUUCCGCUGUCACUCCUCGAGUUCAGCGGCCAUCCACCACUACCACCACAGUUCUUGCUACCCCAUCUGGCUGCUCCUCCAAGCAGCCUCCCGCUGACACUGAGGCCUCAGAACAGCGAGCCUUACACACAGUCCAGUAUGGCCUUCUAAAGAUUCUCAGCAGGACCCUGGCAGCCCUGCGCCACUUCACUCCAGAUGUCUGCCAGAUCCUGCUGGACCAGUCCCUGGAUCUUGCCGAAUACAACUUCCUAUUUGCCCUAAGUUUUACCACUCCCACUUUUGAUUCUGAAGUGGCCCCAUCCUUUGGAACCCUCUUGGCCACAGUGAACGUGGCCCUCAAUAUGCUUGGAGAGCUGGACAAGAAAAAGGAAACCCUCACCCAGGCGGUGGGACUCAGCACACAAGCAGAAGGGACCCGAACAUUAAAGUCCCUCCUGAUGUUCACCAUGGAGAACUGCUUCUACCUGCUCAUCUCCCAAGCAGUACGCUACCUCAGGGACCCAGGUGUGCAUCCCCGGGACAAGCAGCGGAUGAAGCAGGAGCUGAGCUCAGAGCUGAGCACGUUGCUUUCCAGCCUCUCGAGAUACUUCAGAAGGGGAGCCCCCAGCUCCCCUGCUGCUGGAGUCCUGCCCUCACCGCAGGGCAAGGCCACCUCUCUCUCCAAAGCCAGCCCAGAGUCUCAGGAGCCUCUGAUUCAACUUGUGCAAGCCUUUGUCCGGCACGUGCAGAGAUAGUGCAAUGGAGUGCUAUCUACUUGAUGCUCCCUACCAACCUGCAUUGCAGCCUGGGCAGAGGGCUGCCACCACAGAGCCAGCCACUGAGCAAACAGCUCCCUUCGUCCUCUUCCUGCCCACCCGCUGACAUUAUUUUUUUAAUAGCUCAAGAGGUCAACAGCAUGGGCAGGGAGCCAAAGGUCUGGGUGCUCACAUUCUGCACAAUACCCCAAGGUGGCCCCUUUCCUUCAGCAUUCCCACCGUGUCACCAGCCAGGGAGGGCCUGGGUGCUGGCAGCACAGGAGAGACCUGUGUGCAGUGAGGAUUUUCCAUAAUCUAUUCUUGCAGUUUUUUUUUGUUUUUUUUUUGGUAAUACUGUGGUCUAUUUAUACAAAUAUUAAAGUGCUGUUUAUAGA